CAUGCGUAGUUGGUCUGCAUAAAAACAAAAUGGAGGUGGAGGUGGCCAAUGUUCGGGAUGUCACCACACUUUCUGUCCCGAAUUUCUCCUCUGAUGUUGAUAAAGCACAGGACCUGUUGCUUUUUCGACACUUCUUGGAGUGCUUGAACGUCUGCCAGAAAUCCAUAAGGGUUGCUAAAACGUAUCCAGAGCUUGAAAGUGCUACACAAGCUAUUGAGGAUCUCUGCGUCCUUGCAAUCCAGGCAUAUGCUGAGCUGAAUAGAUGGCAGGAGGUACUGCCCUUUAUCAAUCAGGUCUAUGAAGGCAUUGAAAACUGUCCGCCCAUUAUCAUUCAAGUAUGUCUCCUUCUUUAUGCCAAAGUGAGGGAUUUCACCACCUGCCAUGCCAUCACAACUGUUUGGUUAAAACGCUCACAAAAUCAUGGAAAAGUUGGCUAUGAUAGAGUCGUUGAGAUAGUCUUAGCAAAGGUUCUCAUACCACAGAAUAAAUGGACAGAUAUAUCAGGUUUUAUAGACUCCUGUAACCUAACAUCUGAACAGAAGAGACAAUAUGUGGGCAUUGCCAAAGAGCAUCACACUGAACACCAAGCAAAGAAACUUGCAGAUGAAAAGGGUACUAUGGAAGAUUCUGGCCCGACAACUGAGGGCCGAGUUGCCUACAAUAAUGGCCAAGUGAGAGGUUCACAGAAUGAUGCCAACAACAUGUUCAAACACUAUUUGGAAAGAUUCCGGCGAUUUAUUGUCCGGAAUAUUCCUGUGGCGAACCUUCGCACAGCAAGAUACGUUGCUCUGAUGGGGCUCUCUGUCUACAUGAUCUUCUAUGCAACGCACUCGGAUAUGGUCGGUAACAUGACUAGUAUUGCCAUUUUUUGGCAGGGGAUGACAAAUUUAUGGAAGCGUAUGUUUUCGCCGUACCAUGUUUCAAGGAAUGCAUGAUAGAAACAAGGGAAGCCGGAUUAAGCUUCAUGAGGUUGCCGAUUGCUAGCUCUACUGUCUCAGAGUACAUUCAUGGGAGAAACUCUACUAUCACAUAGUACAUUGCCACUAUAAUUCGUGGUUGUGUGAAAUGUUUGAGAAACUUAUAAUCACCAGGCAAACAUGGCCAUCUUUCUCAUAAUACAUAAUAUAUUUUUGAUAUCAUUCAACUGGGGACCACUUGUUAGAUUUAUUCAACUGACUCCCCAGGUCUCCCUUUAACGACUGAUGUGUAGAAAUAUCUACAAUAGAACUUCGUUUUGUGUUGUGUCUGUUGGUGUCCAUAGUCGAUUUACUUUACCCCCAAAAAAUGUCUGCCAUUUCAUUUUUCACUGCCGUUUACAUGCAUGUUCUAAAAGACGUCAAGUGUUAGACGUGUUUGAGAAAAAAUGCGUUCACUAAUGGAUUCAUUGGCAUAAUUGGAAAUGUUUACGUUUACAAUAAAUACAGAAUAUAAUGUUCAAGUAUAUUGUAUAUUUAUUUUAGCUUCUGCCAAUAUCUAACUUGAUUGUUGUACUUGUACAUGUACAUUAAAAUAAAUGAUUUGAAAUAGGAAACAUACCUCUCAGUAUUGUUUUUUUUCAAAAGUUAGGACGAAAAGAAUUUCACCCCAGGUCUGUCUUCGAUUACUAAUAUGCUCCACCUUUCUGGUUGUGACUUUGUCUUCAUGAGAUCAAUGUGGAAUUGUCACAACGAAGUCUGUCUCUUUGCAACUCAGUCAGGAUAAGGAUUUGUUCUUUUCAUCACAACAUGGGACAUGUUGGGCUAUUAUUGAAGGAACAGGCUGGAGAAGGGGAGGUUUAUUUUCAUCUCCACCAAAAAACCUUAUAGGAAUGUUUGCUCAGAGUCAAACAGUGUUAG